UAGUCGCAGGCGCAGCGCCGUUGAGGCUCGUUCAGUCUUUUUUGCUCUUGCUCGUGCGUGUUCAAGAUCGCCAAUUAACGGUCCCUCUUCGCCCUCUGACACCCAAGUGGGAGCGAGACGGCCGAUGGCAAGAAAUAGACGCGUGCUUGUUUAUAGACAUUUAUUUAGACAAUAUUUACAACGCCGCUGCAAUUAAAACUGCUAUCAAUUGAAAAGUAUUCGAGAGUGAUUAGAAGCGUGUCGUGCAAAUGGAAAAAGUGCUAAAAAGCUAAUUAAUAAGCAACAACGUCAACUGAAAGAAAAUACGUUAAUAACGGGAACGCAGUCAGUGUAAAGCAAAAGAUCGGUCGAGGAAGACGCCCCUUUAAUAUUGAACACCGAUUCCACCAGCACCCAACGCCAAAACGCGGACUCACCAAGAUGACAUCACGGACGCGUCAUUGUGCCCGUCUGGGCAUCGUCGUUCUGGGGAUCCUCUGCAUAAUCGCUGGGAUUUACCUUUUCCGCAACUGGAUUGCGAUGUUUACACGCAUGCGCGGCAAGGAAAUGGCCUUGAGCCCCACAUCUCGGUCAUACGAUGGCUGGAAGGUCUCCCCACUGCCGCUGAAUUUUGAUGUCUACCUGUUUAACUGGACGAAUCCAGAGGACUUUUAUGUGGGUUCUGGCAAAAAGCCACACUUCGUGCAACUGGGACCUUAUCGGUUUCGGGAGCAGCCCGACAAGGUGGACAUCGUGUGGCACAACCAGAACGAUUCCGUAUCGUUCCACAAAAAGUCCUGGUUCUACUUUGAUGCUGCCGGCAGCAACGGAAGUUUGUCGGAUAUGGUCACGCAAGUCAAUACAGUAGCUCAUGCUGCUGCUAGGCGCAUUCCCGACAGUAUUUUUGCCUAUUACCCUGUCAAUUUCGCGAAUAAAAUGUACAGUCAAAAAGUGAGCGUCACAAAAACCGCCGGGGAAAUGCUCUUCACGGGAUACGAGCACCCACUUGUCAACCUGGGCAAGGUCCUUACUCCCCAAGAUGUGCCCUACGAUCGCAUAGGCUUUCAGUAUCAGCGGAACGGAAGCACGAGCUUCGAUGGCGAUAUAAACAUGUUCACGGGAGCCGACGAUAUUGCCAAAAUGGGUCAGAUUUACACGUGGAAUAACCUGACGCACUCGGGAGCCUUCGAAGGAACCUGCGGGCAGGUGCGCGGCUCCAUGGGUGAAUUCUUUCCGCCCAACCUAACGCCGAAGGACAGUGUCUACAUGUACAUGCCCAAGAUGUGCCGGGCCAUUCCGCUCGAUUACACCGAAACGGUGACCGUUCACGGGGUGACCGCCUACAAGUUCAGUGGCACGGAACACGCCGUGGAUAAUGGCACGCUGUAUCCGGAGACGAGUUGCUACUGCGUCGGCGGCAAGUGCAAGCCAGCCGGGGUGAUCAACAUCGGGCCCUGCACCUUCAACUCCUCCGUCUACAUGUCCUUCCCACACUUCUACAAGGCGGAUCCCAGCUAUCUGGCGGACAUCGAAGGCCUGCAGCCGGAGCGCGAGAAGCACGAGUUCUUCAUGACCCUGGAACCCAACGCGGGGGUGCCCAUGGACGUGGGUGGGGGCUUUCAGGCCAACUACUACAUGGAACCCGUUCCGUGGAUAAGCAUCUUCGCCAGAGUUCCCCGGGUCAUGAUGCCUAUGAUGUGGUGCGAGGAGCGAGUUCGCGUCACAGAGGAAAUCGCCUCGGACAUCGCGCUGGUUCCGCUGAUUGUCCUGCUGGGACAGAUCGUGACCGGCAUCCUGCUGGCCGGCGGCCUCAUCUGCACAUGCUGGUACCCCACGCGCAAGGUGACGCACUUCUGCCACAGCGAUCCCAAGGCGAAGGCCAGUGUGCUGCGACCACUCACCUCCUUUGGCGUGAACCCCGUGGCAGCCACCUCUCCGGUGGGUCAGCUAUUCCGGAACCAUAACAGUUCGUCGGGCAACGAGCGCGUCGGAGUCCGCCUGCUGGAAUACAACCGCGAUUCCGGACUGAAGGAGGAGAGCGGUAUUAGCGAGAGUUCGCCGAGGGAACGACUGAUCAGCGUGGACUCGCCGGAUGUUGUAGUUAGAUAAUACAUGCGUUGGCAUCAAGCCUUUCUGACGGUGCCGCCAACGAUCAUCUGCCUGAGACUCAUCUAUGUCGCCGUAGCCUAGGAUAGCAUAAAGUGAUGUUGCCAUUCUGCCUUAGCCAGGCCCCCAGAGGCUGGUCCCAGUUGCUCACCCAGAACAUUGCCCCGGAUCGCAUCACAUGCCGCAUUACCACGCACGCCCACCCGCAUUAGGAGUUCCCUCAAUACAUCUGCACGCUCUGCCGGCAGCGAGAGAGAUUAAUAAGAUUAUUUAUUUUAGUGCCAAAAAGAAAAGCAGCAGCAGUAGACAAACCCAAGCAAAAGUCAUUAAUUGUUUCAGUAGGCUAAUCUAAAUUGUAAAAAGGGUGGGGCUAUCGCCCAUUAUCCCUAAAAUUGUUGAAGUUGAACUGCGCAAGCCCAAAGUAUUUAUAUUUAUACGAUAAUGCCUAACUUUUGUAAUUUGUAAAGAGAUAUUUUAGUUUUUAUUCAAGCUGAGAUGAAGUGAUAAAGAACAGAUGGAGAAAAAAAAACAAUCAUAGAAAGCGAGGAGCUUUAACCUUUGCUCAUUUAGUUGGUUUUAAGUCUUGUACAAAUAACACUAACACUGCAAAGAUUUCGCAUAUCCUAUGUACAUAUGUCGAUCAGCGUAAGAUCUAAAUAACUAGGUAGUAGAGCACAGCUGUGAAUCCCCGGAAAUAUUUCCAAAAAUUCCUUAAGUUAAAAUUUAGAAAGAGAAUAAAUACAAAAAAUCAAGUGAUCAAAUGAGGGACUUUUAAUGAAGACAAUCCCGUUGUUACUGAGAUACUAAAGCACGUUUCCCUGCCCAAAUAUUCCAAACAUAUCUUGAAAUAAAUUUGAAUUUAAGAAUGAGCUUAAAAUAAAAAAUCCAUCUUAAUCUGGUUUCUUGUAAUUGAAAUAACUAAUAUUGGUUAAAGUAAUCCAAUACAUUUCUAAUGAAAAUUAUUUUUAAAUUGUUUUGUAAUCUUGAUGAAGGAAAUUGAAAAAUAUUUGAAUUGUUGAGGUAAUAAUGUGUUAAGAAAGCGAUUUUUUAUUCUUAGAAAACAAGGCACCCAAGCUAUUUCCAAAAAUUCCAAUAAUAAGCUGAAAAUAAAAAAUUCUAUAUAUUAAAGUAAAACCCA